CUGAGUUCAGCUGGAGCUCAGUUAGCAUCGGUGCAGGUUAGCCUGAAGCUAACGUGUGAAUGGAGGUUAGCAGGAGGACAGAGGCCGGGGGAUGACGAGUCGAGACGUUUGUUUAAAAGGAGUGAGUCCAGAGCUGCAGUUCUGCUCGAAGGCCAAAGUGGCCGUGGCGGUGGCAAUAAUAAAGAGCAGGCCUGCGGGCAUGAGCGGCCGCGAGCACGCCGAGGCUCUGGGCUGCAGGCUGAGGAGCCGGGACCACAGCUGGAGGGAGGAGGCCCAGGAGCUGCAGCAGGAGGUGCUGAGGCUGCGCCAGGAGCUGCUGAUCACCAGGGGGACGUCGGUAGCACGGAACGCCACGGACACGGCAGGUCACGAUGCUGCAGACGAAGCUACUUCACAGGAUCUGUUUGGUCCUUCACAGCCGCAGCCUGACUGUGACUCUGAGACUCCUGAACUCUUUCAGGAAGACCUCCAGCCCGCCGCUUCCCCCCCGCUGCCGCCAGCAGCCUCCAGUCUCCAUGAAAGAGCCAUGCACCCCCACGUGCACUUCCUCCAGUCGCUGUGCGCCCUGCACCGAGUAGCAGGAGACCAGAGAGGCCUGGAGGCUCUGUGGUUCAGCCCUGGUGGAGGUGCAGGGUCCGUGUUGGCGGACUCUGUGUGCCAGCUCCUGCACUCGGUGACGGUGGCGUGCAGGGAUCCCCCCCCGCUGGGUCCCUGUGACCUGGUCCUGCAGGCCUGCCAGGUGGCGGCCCGGGCCAUGGACCUGUUCUGCUCCCAGAGGCUGCCGUCUGCAGAGUUCAUGAGUCGUGUGGAGGCUUCGCUGACGGACAUGACGGCGAUGCUGCUGCACAACCAGUCCUGCAGGCUCCUGGCGGCUGAGAGGCUGAUGGAGUGCCUGGUCGCUCUGGGGAGCAGCAACAUGUCAAGGUCCUUCGUCAUCCGUCACCUCCUCUCUCAGAUCAGCGCUGUGGCCGAUCAGCUCUGGCACAUCCUCCAGGGCGAGGACAGCUCCAGGCUGGACCAGUUUCCUGUGGACCGGUACCACAACUCCUGCCACCUGUUCUGGAUCCUGGAGCAGCUCCUGCAGAACUCCAGGGUACCGUGCAGGGUGGAGCUGGGCUCGGAGCAGACGGGCUUCCUCCGUCACCUGGAGCAGCAUCUCUUUCUGUUGUCAGAUGAGUUUCCCUUAUUCUCCAUCUACAUGUGGAGGAUAGGAAGUCUGCUCACGUCCUCAGGCAGAUAAGACCCCCCCCCCCCCAUCAGGCCAGCCACAUCCAAAGGCCUGGUUUCCACUCACCUACACGAAGCAGGUGGGUUGAAACCAGACUGAUCCUCCAAUCAGAGCCCUGCAAUGUGCUGAGGGGGACUAGGAAGGAAUAUCGACAAGGAAUCGUAACCUUCAAUUCUUAUCAGAGGAAACAUGUGAUUAUAUAAAUCCAACAAAAAUACCUUAUCCUCUCGGUCGAUGUUUUAUCAAUGCCUGGAAUUUCUUAUUUGGUCAAAUGUGAAUUAAUCCACCGCUGAAGAAAGUCACCGACAACAAGACUCAAGGACGUUUGGUUCUGAGAUUCAGAGACGAACAGGAAGUGAAGAGUUUGAGAGAUGAACUGACUCCUCGCUGGUUUGGGUCUUUGUUGACGAUGGAAACAUUUUAAAACAACAUUUCAAAUCUGUCACUUCAGAAAGUAAAGCCUGGGAUUAUUCAGUUCAAUAACAGUCACAAUCUGAUAACAUGUUUAAACUCUUCAAACCAAGUGGAGAGUCUGAAGGGAUUCGAACUCACGGAGUCUCACCUCGUGCUGACGUGUAACGUUCUUCAGAUCUGUUUCUGUAUUUAAGUUUCACAAACCUCAUUAAAAAACUUUAAGUAGCAGAAGUUGGUCAUUAAAAAGAGAUUCAAGACGUAGUUCAGCAGAAAAGUGUUGUUGUGUACAAAACAAUAAAC